ACAACUACUGUUAUCAUUGCUACAGUCUCGUCAUCCAGUCGCAGUAUCUGUUUCUAGUAUAGUUGUGGUCUCUUGCAUCUUCCGAGUGGAUAAUAAUAGCUAAAAUCUCAACGACAUCAAUUUCUCCAUACAUUAAGCCACCACUGAAAUAUGUCCGAGGAGAAUCUAAAUGGAAGGAUGGGCCAUCUUACAAAAGAGGAAGAGGCUAAUUUCUUUGUUUUUAAACAUGAGCUGGGACAGGAAGGAUUUUACAAUGCUGAAAAGCAUGAUGACCACACUUUGCUGCGUUUUAUGCGUGCUAGAAAGUUUCAAGUUCCAGCUGCAAAAAAAAUGUGGAUCGAUUGCGAGAACUGGAGAAAGGAAUUUGGUGUGAACACUAUUUUGGAGGAUUUUGACUUUCCCGAAUAUCCUAUGGCUAGGAAAUAUUACCCACGAUUCUACCACAAGACCGACAAGCUAGGACGUCCUAUCUAUAUUGAAAGAUUAGGUGUUUUAGAUGUCAAGAAACUUUUUUCCGUCACCACAGAUCAGCGCAUGCUUAAAAAUCAUGUUUAUGAAUAUGAAAAGCUCGUGCAUUACCGACUCAAAGCAUGCUCCGAAAAAUAUGGUCGCUAUAUUGAGCAAAGCUGUACUAUUUUAGAUCUACAGGGUGUUGCUGUCUCGACCUUUCCCACCGUUUAUUCUCUUGUUCGUGAAGUAUCUGGAAUUGCCCAGAAUUACUAUCCCGAGAUGCUUGGCAAGAUGUAUAUCAUCAAUGCGCCAAUGCUUUUUACAGCUGUCUGGAACCUAGUGAAGCCUAUGCUAGAUGAAGUGACGGUCAAAAAGAUUAGUAUUUUGGGAAGCUCUUACAAAUCCGCCCUACUUGAAACAAUAGAUGCAGAUUGCAUUCCUGGCUAUAUGGGUGGAACGUGUCAAUGUCCUGAAGGAUGUGCUUUUGUCGAUCUUGGUCCGUGGAACGACGGUUCUGUUCCCGAAUAUCCUAAACCCGAGUUUGAAAAGUUUAUUGUCAAGUACGGAACUGUUUCCGAGGGCGAUCAAAAUGGAAAACAGUGAUAAAGUCCAGCCAUAGAGAAAUGAGUAUUUGUUUUGGUACUUGCUUCUGAUUUAUCUAAUCACCCGUUACUUUACUUGCUGUCAUUUCUUUCCACUGUGUCACCUACCAAAACCUCUUUCAACACGAGUUUAUGAAUACUAUUCAAGUUUUACUAGUAAAUUCAGAUUUAUUGUAUUGGGG